ACAAUACUAGUCUCAAGAAUCAGAGAUCUACAUCUGAGUAUCAUAUAAUAUGUCAUUUUAAUUCAUUUUUGUGCUCUAAUGGAUGAAGAAGCAGAAGAAGUGAGUGAUAAUGUCAAAACCAGUAGUGGUAAAGCAAGACCAAAGAUUACACUGCUGCCUUUAAUUGCUUUAAUCUUUUAUUCAGUUUGUGGAGGACCCUUUGGAGUAGAAGAUUCAGUUAAGUCAGGUGGAGGUCCACUUCUAGCUCUACUUGGUUUCUUGAUUUUCCCUUUGAUUUGGAGUAUACCAGAAGCUUUAGUUACAGCUGAACUUGCAACAAGUUUCCCUGAAAAUGGUGGUUAUGUUCUUUGGAUAUCAACAGCUUUUGGACCCUUUUUGGGAUUUCAGGUAGGGUUUUGGAGAUGGUUUAGUGGAGUUAUGGAUAAUGCUCUUUACCCACUUAUGUUUCUUGAUUACUUAAAGCAUUCAUUACCAAUUUUCAAUAGGUUAAUUGCAAGAUUACCAGCUUUGUUGGGGAUUACAUUUUCUUUGACUUAUUUGAAUUAUAGAGGUCUUCAUAUAGUUGGGUUUUCAGCUGUAGCUAUUGCUAUUUUCUCACUUUGUCCAUUUCUCAUAAUGGGUCUUCUUUCGAUUCCUCGGAUUAAACCUAAACAAUGGCUGGUUGUGGAUUUUAAGAUGGUGAAUUGGAGAGGGUACCUCAAUAAUAUGUUUUGGAAUCUUAAUUAUUGGGAUGGUGUGAGUACAUUGGCAGGGGAGGUGGAAAAUCCUAGCAAGACGUUACCUAAGGCGCUUUUUGGUGCAGUAGUUUUGGUGAUCUGCACAUAUUUGAUUCCACUUCUUGCUGGGACUGGAGGAUUUGAGUCUAAGGCCAGUGAAUGGAGUGAUGGGUACUUUGCUGAAGUUGGAAUGUUGAUAGGAGGGGUUUGGCUUAAAUGGUGGAUUCAAGCAGCUGCUGCAGUGUCUAACAUGGCAUUAUUUGAAGCGGAAAUGAGUGGUGACGCGUUCCAACUACUUGGGAUGAGCGAGAUGGGAAUGCUUCCAGCUGUUUUUGCUUCAAGAUCGAAAUAUGGGACCCCUACAACCAGCAUCUUAUGUUCUGCAACUGGAGUUGUGUCCUUAUCAUGGUUGAGCUUUCAAGAAAUCAUUGAAUUUCUAAAUUUUCUCUAUUCAAUUGGAAUGUUAAUUGAGUUUGCAGCUUUUGUAAGAUUGAGAAUCGACAAACCAGAUCUUCGCAGACCUUACAGAGUUCCUUUACAAACACUAGGGGUGACAAUUCUAUGUGUUCCUCCUGGGAUUCUUCUUAUACUUGUUAUGUGUCUUGCUUCAUUCAAAACGUUAAUAGUAAGUGGAAGUGUUAUUGUGCUAGGAAUGAUCUUGCAUGUUGCAUUAGUACAAGCGAAGGACAGGAACUGGAUCAAAUUUGAACAUGUACCUACGAAAUCUUCGGAUAGUUCUCUAGAAUCCAUUCAGAUGGUGCCCCAAGAUUGUAAUGAAGUUACCCAAGAUUGUAAUGAAGUUACCGAUGAAGCUUCAACCGGUCUUCUGAGUUCUGACUGACAUUUCCUCCGAAAACUUUGUAGAUGUACUUUGUUUGUUCCUUCUGUCCGACAAGAAAAAUGAUGUAUUGCAUAGACAGAGUGAGAGAGGUGUUUAUUGAUAUGGAAUUGUGUGGUUCGUUGUAAGUUAUAUUGUUGUUCCAUUAACAAUGUAUGAGAUCAGGGUUCCUUAAACUUUUAAAAAGCUC